GAUCAUGCGCAACCCUCGAAAAGGACACAUAGAGAAAAGUGACGAGGGUAGCAUUCUAGAGUAGUGGAAAAUGUCGCUAUAGCGGAAGAGAACGACUGGGCGUUUAGUGCGAAAGGAGCGGGAGAAGUACUCUUGCCUUUGAGAGAACACGGGUACUUAAGUGGGGGAGUCCUGCCGCAUGACUCUGACGGGCCAGAGUAAGACCCAACACAGUUAGGGCUCACGCGUCGUACUGUUAACUUACUCGGUCUGCUCUUGAUCAUUUUGAAGACUGAUAAGUUCCGAUCUUCACUAUGGAGAAUUCGUGAGAUGUCUCCUUUUUCUGUGACAUCAAGAGGGCGUUUUGGGUAUACGAUCAUUUCGCGUACGGCGAACAAGAUAUCAUUGUAUCGCAACAGCACUGGAAACAUUUGCACAACCUUGUUGCGGAUUUUUCUUGCCAGUGAUAGUGGUGGACUACGUUAUAUUCUCGCGCGUGAUCCGUUGAUCAAAUUAGUGCGUGUGAUAAGGAUGCUGACCGAGUGAUCCACAGUGUGCAUUGUGCUUUGGAUAGAUUUACAACAAAAGUCCUCUCUCUGAAGCCGUAGAGACGAUACCAGCUUAGUUGUGUUACGUUACAAAUCGAAGCCAAAGAACGAGAGAAGCCAAGACGCAAGAAUUCAACGAAGUUCAACAUGGAGAAUUCAAACCAGAUCCAAAAUUUCGAUGACUAUCGGACUAGCAACAAUUUGGAUAGGCCAGUCUUAAAUUCGUGUUUACCCGAUAGUCCGGAUAGUGGCUAUAGAUCUUUCGAGACUUCGCCUCAACAUUUGAUUGAUUCACAGUACAAAGUAGUAAUUCCGGAAAAUCCAAGAGACUAUUACUACCAAUGUCAACGUCUCGCACAUGCAGAUUUCAAUGACACUUCGCGAGCUAAUACUCAGCGCCAAUCAACAGAGUGUGAGAGACUUGCCAGUCUCGUAAAUUCUAUACCGACGACAUCGUCGUUCCGCAAUGAGCUGAGUUUUUCAUCAUCGACAGAGAUAAAGAAAAACAAGUCGCAGGCAAUCAAACAGGAGAAUAACGCACAACCUCUUACACAAGAACUAGAUAUAUCUCCUUUGCACACAUCCUCAUGCGGACAGAUCGAAAUUCCUUCCUCUCUGCAACAAACAAUCACAUUUACGACAUCAUCAGAGGAAGAAUAUACUACAACAAAUAUAACACCGACGAACGAACAGAAUACUAUUAAUAUCGAAAAUCUAGCGGCGGGAGGUGAAGCGGUUGUUGCUGAAAAUUAUAAUAAGCAAUUUUACGAAGCGAACGCGUUCUCCAUCAACAAGGUCUCUGAGUUUCACAAUUUGCAUCUACAGCAAAACCAAUUCUAUGACUCGGAUAGAUCAUCGAAUACGAUAGUCACAAUACCUGAACAAACUAAAAUUCAUAAUUUGGUGGAUGGAUGCGCAUUGCCGGAAUAUUCCUCGAUCAUUAACUUGAACAAUUCCGAACUCUCGAUUACGGUACCAUCGAACAGCGAACAGGAGGCUCAACAACAGCAACAGCUGCAAGAAGAGCAUACUAACUACUUUCAGAAUUCGUAUAUUUAUACCGAAGCAAGAUCAGAAGGCGAAGAGUUCGUGACAGGUGCGAAAACAGAUAUCAAGUUCGAUUCUGUUAGUACAAUUAUUUUCAAGCCGCCACCUCCCUAUCCCGGAAACAGCACCGAAGAGAACGGUGCAUCGCUAGCGCAGCACGUGACCGUGCAAAAUUCUUCAAAUACCAACAUUUCGCCAACAUCGAACAUCGUAACUGAGAUGAAAUACGAGACACAGUCGGGUCCACCGACGACGCCGUCGCACUUGACCUCUUCCGGCGUCGAACCGCCACAUAGCAGUCAGACUUCCGGGAUCGUAAUGGGUGAUUCACCAGCCGAUGUCGGUGUAGACAGCUUGUUGUUGUCUCCUUGGGCCGCAAAUGGACCCGAGUUCCUUGAAGGUGGGGUACCAGAUGUGAAACAAACGGCCGGAUUUCAAGAUGCUUCAUGGGUGGAUUCGCUUAUGCUAAAUUCGACUGUCAACGUAGCCUCGGCUCAAUCGCUAAUGGAAAUAAAGGGUCCACUUCCAGCUUUUACUAAUUACACGGGACACCUUUCAAUCAACGGUAUAUCUGGCCAUCACUAUCAUACGAUAGCCUCAUCCGGUCAGAGGUCGUCAGUACCGUCUGCAUCGCCGACACCCUCCUCCAAUCAAGAAUACUACGAGUCACCCGUAGUGUCUUCGAGUACACCAUGUCCGCAGGUAAGUCAAAAACAUCAGCCACAAAAUCAUCAGCAGCAACAGCAACAACAACAGCAGCCACAGCCUCCAAAUCAACACCAGCAACAGCAAUUGCCACAAUCGACGCAGCAGAUAGAAUACGAUAUUGAGGACAUAGCGGAGAUUAUCGGUUCCGCGAUAGCGGACACAACGGUGCCGGGAAACGGAAACGGUCCCAGUUCGGAGCAAACUUCGGAUUCAAGGGACGAUUGGAUAGACAUCGCCGAUUGGAUCGACAUAGCACAUGAGUGCUCGCCUAAGACCCAAGAGACCACGUCGCCCAACUCGUUCGCGCCGCAGAUUUACGUGACCACGACGCCGACCAUGCCGACACAACAACACGCUGGUUCCACGCUACAAAAUCUGCUUACGCAGAGCUAUGCGCCCUUGUUGCAAGCGAGAUUGCAGGCCGGUAACGCCGCCGGUCUUCAAAACACAUCCUGCGGCGAAACGCCGUCAUCGACGAGCCCUUAUCCACCUCUCAGCCCGCCCAACCGAGUGUCCACGUCUUGCAGCCCCGACGACCUCUUACAUUCGUCUUUCGCCACCCCUUCGCAUCCCAGAAAAAGAUCGCGAUCCUCGCCAGGUUCCGGACAGAACCCGAACAAGAAGAAUCCGGCCCUCAAUACAGCAGUAUUACCGUACGGAGCGGAAUCCGAAGUGAUUGGCAAUCCAAAGAAGCCCGUUCAUAAGUGUCACAUAUGCAAUAGGGCAUUCUUGAACAAGAGCAAUAUUAAAGUGCAUCUGCGUACGCACACGGGCGAGAAACCGUUCAAGUGUGACGUAUGCAGCAAGGCUUUCAGGCAAAAGGCGCAUCUUAUCAAACACCAGCAGAUUCACAAAAGGGGCGGCAGAGAAUAAAUUCUUUCUCUGAUCGAAGGGACACACCUUAUAAAAUUAAAACGGUAAUUCUAAUAAUAAAUAACAUAGGUAAAGAUAUAUAAUAAGAAUAGACUUAUAAACAUACUUAAAUUACGCUAUAUCGUACCUAUGAGACAUGGCGAUAAUGCGGCCAUUGUAGUGACAAUAUACAGUAUGUGAUCACUCUAAUUAGAAUCCGUUGAUUUAAAUGCGUCCCUUUAAUUGGAGAAAGAUAAAAGUGGAUACAAGUCCGCUUCUAAUUUAAUGGAGAUGAUCACGGCCGACGUUCAGAAUAGCGACAUAUAAUAUUAGUUUUUAAUAUAUAAUUCCAUGCAUGCUUUAAGACACGUAUGGAAUUAUGUAUUCUAAUAUUCCGUUAAGAUCACAAAUGAGAGAUUGAGACGUAACUAAUUGAAAUUGAAUUGGUAACAUCUCUAAACUCUUCUUUGAACAACGCAUUUUUAUUCGAGAUUUUUAUUCUUUAUUUUUUGCAAUGAGGCUUAUAAUUGAACAUCGUAUUUUGAUCACAAUAAUGAUGAUAUUGUAUAUAUCAAAAUUACUGAUUUUUAUUUCUGCGUGUUAAUUUUAAAAUUAAGCCAAAAGUUGUCAUUAGAAAAUA